AGGAGCUUUCGGUGGUGGGGAGGCGUCUGGUGGGCAGUCAAGAGGGCGGGAGGUCCUCCUGUAUCCCACAACUCCCCCCUCCCUCUCCCUCCCUCUACACUGUCAACAAAGUUUAAGGCAAUGAGACCUCACUCACUCACUCACUGACUGGAGUUGGAGUCAGUCAGGAGGUCAGGAAUCCAGUGGCCCCUCGCACUGCCCUCCCUGCAUGAGUGAGUGGGGUUGGAAUGGGGAAUGGUGCAGACGAGAACAAGACGGCCUUUGGAGAACAUGCAGCCACCACAGCUAAAGCCGCUGAAUCGCUGCCAACGAGGGAGAAGAGAAAGAUUGUAAUAAACCUGAUGUCGGGAGCGCUGGCAGGGGCUGUAGCCAAGACCUUUGUGGCACCGCUGGACAGAACAAAGAUCAUAUUUCAAGUGUCUUCAAACAGAUUUUCUGCCAAGGAGGUGGUGAAGCUGAUUUACCGCACGUACCUGAAGGAGGGCUUCUUCAGCCUGUGGCGGGGGAACUCGGCCACCAUGGUGCGGGUGGUGCCCUACGCCGCCAUCCAGUUCUGUGCACACGAGCAGUACAAGCAGGUUCUGGGCACCUACUGCGGCACCUUUGGGAGGCCUCUGCCGCCCCUGCCUCGGCUCCUGGCGGGAUCAUUGGCCGGAAUCACAGCCACAAUAAUGACCUACCCUCUGGACACUGUCCGGGCCCGAAUGGCUGUGACACCCAAAGAAAUGUACAGUAACAUUGUGCAUGUUUUUAUCCGGACGUCACGGGACGAAGGAAUGAAGACCUUGUACAGCGGCUUCAACCCCACCAUCCUGGGAGUAAUUCCAUACGCUGGGCUGAGCUUCUUCACUUACGAAACCUGCAAGAGCUUCCACUCGGAGUACACCGGGAGACCCCAGCCCUACCCGCACGAGCGCAUGGUGUUCGGAGCCUGCGCCGGGCUGAUCGGGCAGUCGGCCUCCUACCCGCUAGACGUGGUGCGGCGGCGGAUGCAGACGGCGGGGGUGAAGAGCCAGCGCUACGACACCAUCCUGGGCACCAUGCGCCAAAUCAUAGCCCACGAGGGGCUCAUCAAAGGCUUGUACAAGGGACUGAGCUUGAACUUUCUGAAGGGGCCGGUGGCUGUCGGUAUCAGCUUCACUACCUUCGACCUUACGCAGAUUCUCCUUCACAGACUGCAGAGCCCGGGCUACCCCGAGAGGUAACGCAGAGAACGAUUGGGAGACUCUGACCCAACAGAAUGAGCCUAUAAACCUCAACGCUAGUAAUUCUGUGGUUGCCUACAAUCAAUAAAUGCCAGGAAAGGGGGCGCGACAGGAAUUUUGACGAACGGGAGUUUGGUUGCGGAUUGAAAUACUUGGCCUUGUGUUAACCGGAGGCUAAUUGCGUCCCGUUGUCCGUGAAAUACAUUUUCCCUCCCGUUUUACGAGCACGGUGGGGUUGAAACUUGGUGCUUGGUGAGACUGCACAACUGUGGUGGUGUGACUCCGCGAAGGUGAAGUGACCGGACAGUCAGGCUCUGCAGAGGAGGACCUGAGGCCUUGGGUUGUGUGUGAACUUCUGCCUCGCGACUGCCCGUCAAAUGCGAUGUCAUCACAAGCCUCUAAAUCCAUGAUAUAACAUUUCAAAAAUUAAAUUAAAAAAGGGGGAAGUUCUUAUCAAAAACAAAGCGCUUCUCCUAACGUCUCUCUUU